GAGUGGUCAAUCGUCUAUGACAUGCUUAAUGGCCAAAAUAUUAGCGGUUUUGGUUGGGAUGAGCAUAGGCAGCUCGUUGUUGCUGAAGAUGCGGUUUGGGAGUCCUAUUUAAAGAGUCACAGAGAAGCCGUUCAAUUCAGAUAUCGCACUUUCCCUUACUACGACCAGCUUACUACCAUAUAUGCAAGAGAUCGAGCAACUGGGAAAGAUGCUCAAACAGCUGCUGAUGUUCUUGAAGAAAUAAAUGCUGAUGUUCGUACUACAGCUAUGGAUGAAGAAAGAAACUCAUUCUAUGACUGCGAAGCUGACAUCCCUUUGGAUGACAUGGAUGUUUCUGCUGCGGAGCCGCAAUGAGAUAGAGACCAAGGGGGUUCCUCAUCUUCAAACAAGAGAAAGAAGAAAUCUGAUGCUCGUGAUAUGUCUUCUUCAUUUGAUGAGGCUGCCACUUUAUUGGCCGAAAAC